UCAAGCAGCCCUACUUCACCAUAUGCAUUAAAUCAGAGGCACAAAAUUGAACAAACAUCAACCAAAGUAUGCAGAUGCUAACCUGGAUAUAUUCUCUACUCUUGCCAUUCAUUUUUCUUGCUUUAGCAUCCCGGAAAAAUCGAAAAAAGUCGAACCUUCCGCCAUGUCCGGUGCCAGAGCUUCCCAUAAUAGGUCAUCUCCAUCUCCUCAAACAACCUCUGCACAGAAAAUACGAUCAUCUCUCCAAGAAACUCGGCCCCAUCUUCUCCCUCCAGUUGGGUACCCGCCUUGCAGUGGUAAUUUCCUCCCCCGAUGCUGUCGAGGAGUGCUUCUCCAAGAACGACACCAUCUUCGCCAAUAGACCCCGUCUCAUCGCAGGGAAGUACUUCGGGUACAACUACACAAGUCUUGUAGCAUCUCCGUAUGGUAGCCAUUGGCGCAACCUUCGUCGUUUCACUGCAGUCGAGGUUUUCUCCCCAUCCCGCCUCAACGCUUUCUGUUUCACAAGAGAAGAUGAAAUCAGACUCCUAAUACAUAAACUCUAUCGUAAUUCAAUGCACACUUGGGGGAAAGUCGAGCUCCAGAGUUUGCUUUCUGAGCUGACUUAUAAUAUUAUCAUGAGGAUGAUUGCAGGGAAGAGAUAUUUUGGUGAGGGUGUAGACAAUGAGGAAGCAAAGCAUUUUCGGGAGCUUAAGAAACAAGCUUUUACGCGCGGGGGUACAUCAAAUCCGGCAGACUUUUUCCCGGUGUUAAGAUGGAUAGACUACAAGGGUUAUGAGAAGAAACUGUCCAAGCUGUUUGCUGAAAUAGAUGCAUUUUUCCAAACUCUGAUUGACGAAUGCCGACUAGUUAAGAAUACAGACUCCAUAAUCGAUCAUCUGCUUCGUCUACAAGAGUCACAGCCUGAAUACUACUCGGAUGAUAUCAUUAAAGGGAUUAUAAUGGUGAUGCUAACCGCAGGAACAGAUACAUCAGCAGUAACAAUAGAAUGGGCAAUGUCAUGUCUACUCAACAAUCCAGAAAAAUUAACGAAGGCUAGGGUUGAGAUCGACGGCCUUACCGGCGGCAAUCGCCUAAUCGAAGAAUCAGAUCUCCCCAAUCUGCAAUACCUACAGCACAUCGUUUCUGAAACCCUAAGAUUAUUCCCAGCAGCGCCAUUACUGGUCCCACACGAAUCAUCCUCCGCCUGCAAAAUUGGGGGAUUCGACAUACCUGGAGGCACAAUCCUGCUAGUGAACGCCUGGGCAAUCCACAGGGACCCGAACAUUUGGGACGAUCCCGAUAGCUUCAUCCCGGAGCGAUUCGAAGGCGGGGGCAGCGGCGAAAUCGGGGCGGCGAAAGUGAUGGCGUUUGGUAUGGGGAGGAGGGCGUGCCCGGGAACAGCACUGGCGAAUCGGAUCGUAGGAUUGACAGUGGGAUCGUUGAUCCAGGGGUUCGAUUGGGAAGGAACUGUGGUAGACAUGAGUGAAGGGGAAGGGGUGACGAUGCCCAAAGCAGUGCCGCUGGUGGCCACGUGCAGAGCACGUGACGUGCUCCAACGAGUUCUUCCUGCAUCUGCAGACUGCAGCAGCUUGCUAGAGACCAGAGACUACUGA